AUGACCUCUUUAGGCGAGCAAUUGUCUAGCCUUGAUGCUGAAAACGAUCGUCUGAUCAAUGAAAGAAGGGAGCAAGACGCUGAGCUGCGAUGGGAACCAUGUCAAACGGGACCUACUUGGGUAACCGAGAAUAAGGGCCAUAAGCUAAGCGUUGCCGAAAUCGAGUACGUCCAGGACCUCCCUGAGUAUCCAAAUACCAGCGAAGGCGGGUACGGCUAUGUUGUCCCGGCAGCUGGUCGUUCAGCGGAGCAGAUUCGUGCCUUAGUGGAAUCUACUAUACGGAUAUCCCAGGUAUCUGCCAGAUAG